AUGCAUUCUUUCUUUCCUCCUUCAAAAUAUGUUCGUUGUUUUUUCUUCCUUCUCCAAAAUUACUUCAUUCAUUUUCUUCUUCUCCAAAAUAUGCAUUCUUUCUUUCCUCCUUCAAAAUAUGUUCGUUGUUUUUCUUCCUUCUCCAAAAUUCCUUCAUUCAUUUUCUUCUUCUCCAAAAUAUGCAUUCUUUCUUUCCUCCUUCAAAAUAUGUUCGUUGUUUUUCUUCCUUCUCCAAAAUUACUUCAUUCAUUUUCUUCUUCUCCAAAAUAUGCAUUCUUUCUUUUCCUCCUUCAAAAUAUGUUCGUUGUUUUUCUUCCUUCUCCAAAAUUCCUUCGUUCAUUUUCUUCUUCUCCAAAAUAUCAUUCUUUUCUUAAAAUAUUCGUUGUUUUCUUCCUUCUCCAAAAUUAUUCAUUUUCUUUUCUCCAAAAUAUGCAUUCUUUUCUUUCCUUCAAAAAUAUGUUCGUUGUUUUCUUCCUUCUCCAAAAUUACUUCAUUCAUUUUCUUCUUCUCCAAAAUAUGCAUUCUUUCUUUCCUUCUUCAAAAAUAUGUUCGUUGUUUUUUCUUCCUUCUCCAAAAUUCCUUCAUUCAUUUUCUUCUUCCAAAAAAAUAUGCAUUCUUUCUUUCCUCCUUCAAAAUAUGUUCGUUGUUUUUCUUCCUUCUCCAAAAUUACUUCAUUCAUUUUCUUCUUCUCCAAAAUAUGCAUUCUUUCUUUCUCCUUCAAAAUAUGUUCGUUGUUUUUCUUCCUUCUCCAAAAUUUCCUUCGUUCAUUUUCUUCUUCUCCAAAAUAUGCAUUCUUUCUUUCCUCCUUCAAAAUAUGUUCGUUGUUUUUUCUUCCUUCUCCAAAAUUCCUUCGUUCAUUUUCUUCUUCUCCAAAAUAUGCAUUCUUUCUUUCCUCCUUCAAAAUAUGUUCGUUGUUUUUCCGUCCAAAAUUUUUUCAUUUUCUUCUUCUCCAAAAAUUUCCCUUCAAAAUAUGUUCGUUGUUUUCUUCCUUUCAAAAAUUACUUCGUUCAUUUUUUCUUCUUCUCCAAAAUAUGCAUUCUUUCUUUCCUCCUUCAAAAUAUGUUCGUUGUUUUUUCUUCCUUCUCCAAAAUUACUUCAUUCAUUUUCUUCUUCUCCAAAAUAUGCAUUCUUUCUUUCCUCCUUCAAAAAAUAUGUUCGUUGUUUUUCUUCCUUCUCCAAAAUUCUUCAUUCAUUUUCUUCUUCUCCAAAAUAUGCAUUCUUUCUUUCCUCCUUCAAAAUAUGUUCGUUGUUUUUCUUCCUUCUCCAAAAUUACUUCAUUCAUUUUCUUCUUCUCCAAAAUAUGCAUUCUUUCUUUCCUCCUUCAAAAUAUGUUCGUUGUUUUUCUUCCUUCUCCAAAAUUCCUUCGUUCAUUUUCUUCUUCUCCAAAAUAUGCAUUCUUUCUUUCCUCCUUCAAAAUAUGUUCGUUGUUUUUCUUCCUUCUCCAAAAUUACUUCAUUCAUUUUCUUCUUCUCCAAAAUAUGCAUUCUUUCUUUCCUCCUUCAAAAUAUGUUCGUUGUUUUUUCUUCCUUCUCCAAAAUUACUUCAUUCAUUUUCUUCUUCUCCAAAAUAUGCAUUCUUUCUUUCCUCCUCCAAAAAUAUGUUCGUUGUUUUUCUUCCUUCUCCAAAAUUACUUCAUUCAUUUUCUUCUUCUCCAAAAAUAUGCAUUCUUUCUUUCCUCCUUCAAAAUAUGUUCGUUGUUUUUUUCUUCCUUCUCCAAAAUUCCUUCAUUCAUUUUCUUCUUCUCCAAAAUAUGCAUUCUUUCUUUCCUCCUUCAAAAAUAUGUUCGUUGUUUUUCUUCCUUCUCCAAAAUUACUUCAUUCAUUUCUUCUUUCUCCAAAAUAUGCAUUCUUUCUUUCCUCCUUCAAAAAUAUGUUCGUUGUUUUUUCUUCCUUCUCCAAAAUUCCUUCAUUCAUUUUCUUCUUCUCCAAAAUAUUCUUUCUUUCCUCCUUCCGUUGUUUUUCUUCCUUCAAAUUAUCAUUCAUUUUCUUCUUUUUUCUUCCUUUCCUCCUUCAAAAAUUCGUUGUUUUUCUUGUUCCAAAAUUCCUUUUUCUUCUUCUCAAAAUAUGCAUUCUUUCUUUCCUUCUUCAAAAUAUGUUCGUUGUUUUUCUUCCUUCUCCAAAAUUACUUCAUUCAUUUUCUUCUUCUCCAAAAUAUGCAUUCUUUCUUUCCUCCUUCAAAAUAUGUUCGUUCCUUCUCCAAAAUUCCUUCUGUUCAUUUUCUUCUUCUCCAAAAUAUGCAUUCUUUCUUUCCUUCUUCAAAAUAUGUUCGUUGUUUUUUCUUCCUUCUCCAAAAUUCCUUCAUUCAUUUUCUUCUUUCCAAAAUAUGCAUUCUUUCUUUCCUCCUUCAAAAUAUGUUCGUUGUUUUUCAUCCUUCUCCAAAAUUACUUCAUUCAUUUUCUUCUUCUCCAAAAUAUGCAUUCUUUCUUUUUCUUCCUUCAAAAUAUGUUCGUUGUUUUUCUUCCUUCUCCAAAAUUCCUUCAUUCAUUUUCUUCUUCUCCAAAAUAUGCAUUUUUCUUUCCUUCUUCAAAAAAUAUGUUCGUUGUUUUUUUCUUCCUUCUCCAAAAUUACUUCAUUCAUUUUCUUCUUCUCCAAAAUAUGCAUUCUUUCUUUCCUCCUUCAAAAAAUAUGUUCGUUGUUUUUCUUCCUUCUCCAAAAUUCCUUCGUUCAUUUUCUUCUUCUCCAAAAUAUGCAUUCUUUCUUUCCUUCUUCAAAAUAUGUUCGUUGUUUUUUCUUCCUUCUCCAAAAUUACUUCAUUCAUUUUCUUCUUCUCCAAAAUAUGCAUUCUUUCUUUCCUCUUCUUCAAAAUAUGUUCGUUGUUUUUUUCCUCCUUCAAAAUAUGUUCAUUUGUUUUUCUUCCUUUCUCUCCCAAAAAUUCCUUUUUUCAUUUCUUCUUCUUCCAAAAUAUGCAUUCUUUCUUUCCUUCUUCAAAAAAUAUGUUCGUUGUUUUUCUUCCUUCUCCAAAAUUACUUCAUUCAUUUUCUUCUUCUCCAAAAUAUGCAUUCUUUCUUUCCUCCUUCAAAAUAUGUUCGUUUUUUUUCUUCCUUCUCCAAAAUUACUUCAUUCAUUUUCUUCUUCUCAAAAUAUGCAUUCUUUCUUUUCCCUUCAAAAUAUGUUCGUUGUUUUUCUUCCUUCUCCAAAAAUUACUUCAUUCAUUUUCUUCUUCUCCAAAAUAUGCAUUCUUUCUUUUCCUCCUUCAAAAUAUGUUCGUUGUUGUUUUCUUUUUCCUUCUCCAAAAUUCCUUCAUUCAUUUUUUUUCUUCUUCCAAAAUAUGCAUUCUUUCUUUCCUUCUUCAAAAUAUGUUCGUUGUUUUUCUUCCUUCUCCAAAAUUACUUCAUUUUUUCUUCUUCUCCAAAAUAUGCAUUCUUUCUUUUUCCUCCUUCAAAAUAUGUUCGUUGUUUUUUCUUCCUUCUCCAAAAUUCCUUCAUUCAUUUUCUUCUUCUCCAAAAUAUGCAUUCUUUCUUUCCCUCCUUCAAAAUAUGUUCGUUGUUUUCUUCCUUCUCCAAAAUUACUUCAUUCAUUUUCUUCUUCUCCAAAAUAUGCAUUCUUUCUUUUCCUCCUUCAAAAAUAUGUUCGUUGUUUUUUCUUCCUUCUCCAAAAUUCCUUCAUUCAUUUUCUUCUUCUCCAAAAUAUGCAUUCUUUUUUCCUCCUUCAAAAUAUGUUCGUUGUUUUUCUUCCUUCUCCAAAAUUACUUCAUUCAUUUUCUUCUUCUCCAAAAUAUGCAUUCUUUCUUUCCUCCUUCAAAAUAUGUUCGUUGUUUUUUCUUCCUUCUCCAAAAUUCCUUCAUUCAUUUUCUUCUUCUCCAAAAUAUGCAUUCUUUCUUUCCUUCUUCAAAAAUAUGUUCGUUGUUUUUCUUCCUUCUCCAAAAUUACUUCAUUCAUUUUCUUCUUCUCCAAAAUAUGCAUUCUUUCUUUCCUCCUUCAAAUAUGUUCGUUGUUUUUUCUUCCUUCUCCAAAAUUACUUCAUUCAUUUUCUUCUUCUCCAAAAUAUGCAUUCUUUCUUUCCUCCUUCAAAAUAUGUUCGUUGUUUUUCUUCCUUCUCCAAAAUUACUUCAUUCAUUUUCUUCUUCUCCAAAAUAUGCAUUCUUUCUUUCCUCCUUCAAAAUAUGUUCGUUGUUUUUCUUCCUUCUCCAAAAUUCCUUCAUUCAUUUUCUUCUUCUCCAAAAUAUGCAUUCUUUCUUUCCUUCUUCAAAAUAUGUUCGUUGUUUUUCUUCCUUCUCCAAAAUUACUUCAUUCAUUUUCUUCUUCUCCAAAAUAUGCAUUCUUUCUUUCCUCCUUCAAAAUAUGUUCGUUGUUUUUCUUCCUUCUCCAAAAUUCCUUCAUUCAUUUUCUUCUUCUCCAAAAUAUGCAUUCUUUCUUUCCUUCUUCAAAAUAUGUUCGUUGUUUUUCUUCCUUCUCCAAAAUUACUUCAUUCAUUUUCUUCUUCUCCAAAAUAUGCAUUCUUUCUUUCCUCCUUCAAAAUAUGUUCGUUGUUUUUCUUCCUUCUCCAAAAUUACUUCAUUCAUUUUUUCUUCUUCAAAAUAUGCAUUCUUUCUUUCCUCCUUCCAAAAUAUGUUCGUUGUUUUUUCUUCCUUCUCCAAAAUUACUUCAUUCAUUUUCUUCUUCUCCAAAAAUAUGCAUUCUUUUCUUUCCUUCUUAAAAAUAUGUUCGUUGUUUUUCUUCAUUCUCCAAAAUUCCUUCAUUCAUUUUCUUCUUCUCCAAAAUAUGCAUUCUUUCUUUUCCUCCUUCAAAAUAUAUGUUCGUUGUUUUUCUUCCUUCUCCAAAAUUCCUUCAUUCAUUUUCUUCUUCUCCAAAAUAUGCAUUCUUUCUUUCCUCCUUCAAAAUAUAUGUUCGUUGUUUUUCAUCCUUCUCCAAAAUUCUUCUUCAUUCAUUUUCUUUUCUUUCUUCCAAAAUAUGCAUUCUUUUCUUUCCUUCUUCAAAAUAUGUUCGUUGUUUUUCUUCAUUCUUCAAAAUUACUUCAUUCAUUUUCUUCUUCUCCAAAAAUAUGCAUUCUUUCUUUCCUCCUUCAAAAUAUGUUCGUUGUUUUUCUUCCUUCUCCAAAAUUACUUCAUUCAUUUUCUUCUUCUCCAAAAUAUGCAUUCUUUCUUUUCCUCCUUCAAAAUAUGUUCGUUUUUUUCUUCCUUCUCCAAAAUUACUUCAUUCAUUUUCUUCUUCUCCAAAAUAUGCAUUCUUUCUUUCCUCCUUCAAAAUAUGUUCGUUGUUUUUUCUUCCUUCUCCAAAAUUACUUCAUUCAUUUUCUUCUUCUCCAAAAUAUGCAUUCUUUCUUUCCUCCUUCAAAAUAUGUUUCAUUUUUUCUUCCUUCUCCAAAAUUACUUCAUUCAUUUUCUUCUUCUCCAAAAUAUGCAUUCUUUCUUUCCUCCUUCAAAAUAUGUUCGUUGUUUUUUCUUCCUUCUCCAAAAUUACUUCAUUCAUUUUCUUCUUCUCCAAAAUAUGCAUUCUUUUUUUCCUCCUUCAAAUAUGUUCGUUGUUUUUCUUUUUCCAAAAUUACUUCAUUCCUUCUCCAAAAUAAUUCCUUCAAAAUAUGUUCGUUUUUUUUUUCUUCUUCUCAAAAAUAUGCAUUCUUUCUUCUCCAUUCCUUUCCUCCUUCAAAAAAUAUGUUCGUUGUUUUUUCAUCCUUCUCCAAAAUUCCUUCAUUCAUUUUCUUCUUCUCCAAAAUAUGCAUUCUUUCUUUCCUCCUUCAAAAUAUGUUCGUUGUUUUUCAUCCUUCUCCAAAAUUCCUUCAUUCAUUUUCUUCUUCUCCAAAAUAUGCAUUCUUUCUUUCCUCCUUCAAAAUAUGUUCGUUGUUUUUCUUCCUUCUCCAAAAUUACUUCAUUCAUUUUCUUCUUCUCCAAAAUAUGCAUUCUUUCUUUCCUCCUUCAAAAUAUGUUCGUUGUUUUUCUUCCUUCUUCAAAAUUACUUCAUUCAUUUUCUUCUUCUCCAAAAUAUGCAUUCUUUCUUUCCUCCUACAAAAUGUUUUCGUUCAUUUUCUUACUUUCUCAAAAUACUCAUUCUUUUUGAACUUCUUCAAAAUUCCUUCGUUUUUUUUUUCUACUUUCUUCAAAAUACGCAUUCGUGUUUUCCUCCUUCAAACUUUUUCAUUCUUUUUCUACCUUCUUCAAAAUAUGCAUUCCUUCUUUCCUCCUUCAAAAUUCCUUCGUUUUUUUUCUUCCUUCUCCAAAAUUUCUUCGUUCAUUUUCUUCCUUUUUCAAAAUAUGCAUUCUUUCUCUCCUCCUUCAAAAUUCCUUCAUUCUUUUUAUUCCUUCUUUAAAAUACGAAUUCCGUCUUUCCUCCUUCAAAAUUUCUUCCUUCUUCAAAUAUGUAUUAUUGUGUCUUACCUUCAAAAUACGCGUUCUUUCUUUGCUUUCAAAAUACACUUCAUUUUUCCUUCUUCAAAAGACGCGUUCUUUUUGUUGUUACUUCUCUUCAGUACCUGUUCUGUGUUCAUGAUCUAUUUUCCCCCUUCUGUCGUUAAUUUAUUGUGUAUUUCUUUCUCUUCUUACUUCCAAAUCUAUUUGUCUCUCAAUUUCCAAUCAUCUUUGCUUCCUUCAUCAUCCUUUUCUUUAAACAACGUUCCUUAUGUUGCAGUAAAAGCGUCAAAGUUCAACAUCACAUUAAGAAUUUUGUAG